AUUAUUGUAAGGUAUAGCGAAGAAUUAUCUUUAGAUUAAUCGUUCACCUGAACCCAUCGUGGUCGUCGUCGUAUCGGCAUCGUCGUCGUCGCUGAUCCUCCAGAAUUAUGGCGGCUUUGAAAGAGCUUCUCCCUCCAGCGAAAUCAUCGUCAACAACUUACUAUGACCAUAGUAAUGAUCCAUGGUUCAAGCAGAGAUUCACCUCCUCCGAGGAGGAAAAAUCCACCGCGAUAAAGCAGAAGCCGGUGCCGCCUUAUUUGAAGCGCGCUGGUUUUGUUCCCAGGAAGGUGGAGGAUUUUGGUGACGGUGGAGCGUUUCCUGAGAUCCAUGUAGCACAGUAUCCGCUUGACAUGGGAAGGGACAAGUCCUCAAAACCCGGUUCGAAGAUUCUUCCUGUGACGGUUGAUGCUCACGGGAAUGUUGCCUAUGAUGCUAUAGUGAGGCAGAAUGAGAAUGCUAAAAAGAUUGUAUACACGCAGCAGAAAGAUAUCAUACCUCAGUUUUUGAAGAAUGAUGAGUUAGAUAAUAUGGAUGAGGAUGAUGAGGAUGUUCAAAAGGAGAUUGAAGAAACAAUGCAGGAAACAAAGGCUGCCCUUGAGAAGAUAGUUAAUGUGAGAUUGAGUGCGGCUCAGCCUAAAAAUGUUCCCAAACAGUCAUCUGAUACUAAGUAUAUUAAGUACAAGCCUUCGCAACAAUCUGCGGCUUUCAAUUCCGGGGCAAAGGAGAGGGUUAUUAGGAUGGUUGAGAUGCCUGUGGAUCCACUUGAGCCUCCAAAGUUCAAGCAUAAACGUGUUCCCAAGGCAUCUGGGUCUCCUCCUGUGCCUGUGAUGCAUUCACCUCCAAGGCCUGUUACGGUGAAGGAUCAGCAAGAUUGGAAGAUACCUCCUUGUAUUUCGAAUUGGAAGAAUCCGAAAGGUUAUACAAUCCCUCUUGACAAGCGUCUUGCGGCUGAUGGGAGAGGCCUUCAGGAGGUUCAGAUCAAUGAUAAUUUUGCAAAGCUUUCAGAAGCGUUGUAUGUUUCCGAGCAGAAGGCUAGAGAAGCAGUUGCUAUGAGGUCCAAGGUUCAGAAGGAGAUGCUUCUGAAGGAGAAGGAAAGGAAAGAACAGGAGCUGAGGGCUUUGGCUCAGAAAGCACGUUCCGAGAGAAUUGGCGUGGCCCCUCCUCCAGCUGCUGUUCCCGCCCCUUCAGACAAGAGUGGUGUGGAUGAUGCCGAUAUGAGAGUUGAUUAUGAGCAUCCACGGGAAAGGGAGAAGAAUUUACCAAAGGAGACGAGGGAAGAAAGGGAGGAGAGGCUGCAACGCGAGAAAAUUCGCGAGGAACGACGAAGAGAGAGGGAGAGGGAGAGAAGAUUAGAGGCUAAGGAUGCUGCAAUGGGAAAGAAAAGCAAGAUUACGAGAGAUAGGGAUCGUGAUGUAAGUGAGAAAGUUGCUCUUGGUAUGGCUUCUGCUAAGCCAGGGUCGGAGGUCAUGUAUGAUGAAAGGCUUUUCAACCAGGAUAAAGGAAUGUCAUCUGGGUUUGCCACUGAUGAUCAGUAUAAUGUGUAUGACAAAGGAUUGUUCACUGCACAGCCAACGCUCUCAACUCUGUAUAGGCCAAAGAAGGAUAUCGAUAAUGAGGCUUAUGGAGGUGCAGAUGAGCAGUUAGAGAAGAUUAUGAAGACUGAUCGCUUUAAGCCUGACAAAGGAUUUACAGGGACUUCUGAAAGGACGGGUCCAAGGGAUCGGCCAGUUGAGUUUGAUAAUGAAGAAGCUGAUCCAUUUGGUCUGGAUCAGUUCUUGACAGAGGUAAAGAAGGGAAAGAAGGCCAUGGAGAAAGUAGGUGGUGGAGGAACUAUGAGAGCAAGUGCUGGAUCUUCAAUGCGGGAUGGUCAUGAGGGAGGAUCUGGUAGGACUCGCAUUGGAUUUGAAAGAGGGCAUUAAGUAGUUGUUAUUUGAUGAUACCUAUUUCUCAUGCUUAGUGUCUCCUUCAAUAUCCAUAGUGGUGGCUUAGAUUGGUGUUCUUGAAAAGGAUGGUCGGGAUAAUGUAGUUGUGUUAGAACUCGCUUUUUCUCCCCCUCCCCAGGGGUCAUGUUUUUGUAUUCUGUUUCUAAACUGCUUAUGGGUGUUAUUUAUGACAAAUCUAUCUUUCAGUAAGUUAUAUUGAAUGAAAUGUAAUGUUUAAAGCUGAUCUUGUCCUCUAUUAGAGACACGUAUAAAAUGGUUGUCCGAAUUUGUUGUAUGAAACAGUUUUGCAGGACAUACCCUUCCUCUGAUACUCUGAUAUUUCAAUAUGAUAUAAGAAGUUUUUUUUUUUUUUUUUUG